AUAAAAGAGUCUGCAUUGGAGGUUAAACGUCUUCCGUGUCACAAGGUGUGGAAAGCUGCUCGUGUCAACAAAGAGGGAAUUAUUGAAAAUGAAAAUGUCCAAAAAGUUUGGAACGAAUGUGAGAACCUUGCACAAUGCCUAUCAGACGAGGAUGUAGAAAGAAAUGUCCAUUUGGAUAUACUUUCUAAGGCUAUAAAUGGCAAAGAGUAUCCUGGCCGCAUUAGGGGGAUUGGAUUUGGGGUGUCCCAAAAAAAUUGUUUUCCUCCAAAAAAACGUGUCAAACAUGAUGAAGUGCAAAGUUUAAAAAAUGAUCUAAAAGCGGUUAUGGAGCGGCUUCAAGAAAUGGAAAAGAAAGUUUAUGAUAGCAAGGUAAAAGAGACACAACCUGAUUUGUCUGGCUUUAAAGGCACCGAGAAUUGCGCUCCAAGUGAUAGUGACAAUAUUCAUGAG